CUCCAGUGGAAGGUGGGAGUUCCUCUAAAGGAGGGUGUGUCUCUCCGAGAAAUAGCCGUCAGUUUGUGAGUGGGCCAACUUCUUUUCUUAUCCGUGCCGCCUCGCAGAGAGUGUUUGCCACCGCCCGUCUCUUCAAACCUUUGCCAGCUCAGGUUAUGUUGGAGAGGAGCUGAGAAGGACUCUCUGUACAGGACUCAAAAAGCGGACUUUCCUGCGUUCGUCUCAACAAACUAGACGUGGACUUGCAGUGGAGUCAAUCUGGGACUUUGAGUUUCAUCCACCAUGGGGGACGUGAUUUCCAGUCACCUGGAUGAAGCCAAGCGGGAGAUUAUCACUGCUCAGACCGGGGAGGUGAUGGGGGAGUUUGGGUGUCUGUAUGAGCAGCAGUAUGCAGUGGCUCUCUUCAACAAGGUUCGCUUUGACAUAGAGGGUGGAGGCGGGCCGCAGCCCCAGCUACUACACCGCAAGAUCCCUCUGGAGAACAAGUCCAUCUUCUCUGGCUCACUCUUUCAGUACCUAGAGGAGAACAAGAAAUGGAGGAACCGCUUCCUGUUUGUCCCAGACUCCUACAACAUCAACUACUUUGACAGCAAAGCGUCCCAUGACAGACGCCUCCAUCCCAAAGGAACCAUCAACUGCGCUGGCUACAAAGUGCUGACAUCUAUGGAGCAAUACCUAGAUCUGAUCAGCAGCAGCCUGCCAGGUGUGAAAGCCAAGGUGGGAAGUUCACCCUUCCUUAAGUGUGCCACCCAGUUUCCUCUGAUCCUCUGGCACCCGUACGCCCGUCACUACUACUUCUGCGUUGUAACGGAGAAAGAGCAACAGAAGUGGCACGCUGUCCUCCAGGACUGUGUCCGACACACCAACGAUGGUUUGUCAGAGGAGAAUAAAAUCCAAACACCAGCCUUCACCGAUGCUGUACGACUCUACCGCCAAGCUAAAGGGCACUAUGGCACCUGGGAAAUGAUGUGUGGUGUACAGUCACAGAUCCUGUCUAACCUGGUCAUGGAAGGUCUUCUCCCAGAGCUGAGGGAGCUCAUCUCCCCUCGACUCAAAGGCAAACUGCAUGAGAGGCAGAGGAACUGGAUGCUGAUCAGUGAUGCGGUGUACAGCCUGGUGCAGGAACAGUGCCAGGCCCAGUACGAGGUGGUGGUACAGAAGUGUGAGGCGAGCCACCCCUUGCUGGAGGCUUCUAUUCGCACAGACAUGGACCAGAUCAUCACCUCCAAGGAGCACGUCACCAACAAGAUCCGAGCGGUGGUCCUCCCCAAGGCUGAGAAGCUGCUGAAAGUGAGCAUCCAGCCCUACAUCAGCUCCAUCCUGGACGCCCUGAUGGAGCCGACCAGCCGAGGCUUCUCUGAGGUCCGCGAUGUCUUCUUCAGGGAGCUGGUGGACAUGAGCAAGAACACGCUCAAUGAGGGCACUAAGGAGACCGUGGCACAGCACAUGGAGAAGAUCUCCAUGCUGGCAUUCCACCCGGUGAAGAUGCAGAGCUGCUAUGAGAAGGUAGAGCAGCUGACUCUGGAGGGUCUGCAGCAGAGGUUUGAUGUCUCCAGCCCCUCAGUGUUCGUCCAGAGGGCCCAGAUCCUCAUGAGAGAGCAAAUGGAUGAUGCAGUGUAUACCUUUGAGCAGAUUCUUCACCAGAGUUUAGAGUCUCAGGGUACAGAGGAGCUGUGUAAGACCAUCCAGCGCUGCCAGGACAGAGUCAUUAAGAAAUUUGACUAUGACAGCAGCACAGUGAGAAAGCGUUUCUUCCGCGAGGCUCUCCUCCAGAUAUUCAUCCCUUACAUGCUGAAGCAGCUCAGCCCUUCCUGUGCCUCGGAGCUGCCACGCUUCCAGGAGCUGAUCUUUGAGGACUUUUCCCGUUUCAUCCUGGUGGAGAACAUCUUUGAGGAGGUGGUGCUGCACUCGGUCAUGAAGGACAUCAUGAUGGCUGUGAAGGAGGCGGCAGUCCAGAGGAGACAUAACCUGUACAGGGACAGCAUCGUCCUCAGCAACAGCGACCCCAGCCUGCACCUGCUGGGAGAAAACCCUUCCAUCGACUGGGCUGGGGAGUACAGAGGAGCCCAGGAGGAGGCAGAAAGAGCAGAGGAAGACGCUGAGGGUGACAGCCAGGGUGAAGAUGGGGAGUCCCAGAAGAGGAGGAGGAUGAAGCAGGUCGUGUCCAUGAUCCAGGUGGAAGGCUCCCCGGUCCUGCCCAGUGAGUCGUGCAUGGAGGUGCCUGGUAUUGACAACAUCCCAGAGGAGGGCGGCGAGGAGGAGGAGGAGGAGGAGGAGGAGGAGGAGGAGAACUUGUCUCCUGACCAGAAUAGAUCUGCAAGUCCCAAAGCCACAGAGAAUCCUCCAGACCUAUCAAAUGGUUUGGUCUUGAAGGAAGAGGAGGCCAAACCAGAGGAGCAGGACAAAGAAGUAGUCCAGCUGAAGGGUGAAUCAGACACAGCUGCAGAGGAGAAGAGUCAGUGCGAUGACAGCCAGCCGGCAGUGGAGCAACAACCACCCACCAAUCAGGAGGUGUCAGAGGAGGCGCUGCCAAUGCCACCUCCUCCUGAGGAAAUUCCCCCAGAGGCCACAGCUGAAUUCCCUCCGCCUCCUUAUGACGACAGUGGCUUCCAGUCUCCCACCAGUGACGGGGCGGAGGAGGAGGUUGAGGUGGCCUCUAGCAAAGAGACCCUGCGGCCAGCAGAGGCAGAAGUGGAGAAGAGUGUUGCCACAGCCCCACAAGCUGAAACCAAAACCAGUGACUCCUAGACCAGAGACCAGUGAUGAAAUGAUGUUUGACUUAAACUGUAUCCUGCCAUGUUUUUCAGACAAGGAUGGAAAAACACUUCAGUGCUGUUUUAACCACACAAGUUUUCAGUUUCCAACCAGUUUCAGGCAUCAGCAGCUUAUUUUCACCGAGCAGGGCUCCGGUGCUGUCGUCAUUUUUAUUUUUGAAACGUGCCAUUUUCACAACUUUACAACUGCAAAGUCUGAGCUUUCAAGUCCACACUUUAUUUUCUCUUCACUUGGUAUAUAUGUGAGCACAGUGGACGACCUUGAGUCCGUAAUGGUGUGUAUAAAUAUGUGACAAGUUGCAAGAACACUCCAGUUGAGGUGCCUUUGGUGAGAUACGUGUACAUUAAUUUGGCUCUUCUUGCUUAACUACUGUGUGGCCUUCAUUAAUCCUCUGCAAUUUGAGUUUUUUUGUAUGACAUUUGUUGGUGUAAAUACAGUUUGUGACAUUGGAAACUCAGUAACAUGAUGAGCAUCUCAAAGCAAGUGUGACAAAAAAAUUCCUGAAUACGUAAUAGUUAUUGGACCUUGUAAUCCCAGAUUGUGGAUAAAUCUCAAAGGAAAUUUUUUUUUUUUUCUUUUUUCCAUCCCAAACUUACAUUUUAUAAUUCAUAAAUUGUCUCUAUGUACACACUGAUGUCUCCAGACUUGACAAUUUCUUUUGUGUUGGUGGGAAUAACAUUAUUUUAUGAGUUUAUCCCGUAACAAAGAAAGCUUGUGUAUAUUUUGUAUAAAUGCUUCUGUGGGCCGGUGAACUACCAAACUGUAAUUUUACAUAAUUUUAUAUCAUUUCAUCAAUGCUUUAGCUGAUCUCUCCACCCCCUAUUUUAUUUAUUAUCUUGCACCCCCCGUCUCUUUUUUGACUAAUGUAGUUUUAGAUGUAUUCUACAAAUUACUGCUAUUGAUAAUAAAUCAUUAUCGAUUAAAUAUUA